GCCCUGCCUGUGUCCUGCUUUCAGAAUAGGAUUGUAACAUAGACCUGGCUGAGUACCCAGGUGAUGUGACUCUUCUCUCUGCUUCCUGCCGUCAGAGAAGAUUGCGAUAUAUCCCUGGCCUAGCAUCAAAAUGAUGUGACUCUCCUGUCACUCUCUAUCCACAGGUGUGAUUGUGGCAUAUGUCUUUGCCCAUACCCUGAGUGAUUUUAGUUUCCUGCCUGAGCCCAGCCCAUAGAUGGAAUUGUGACAUAUACCAAGGCCAAGCACCAAGGUAAUAUGACUCUUCUCAUCUGCCUGAACCUGUCACUUAGAAGUAAUUGUGACAUAUCUCUGAAUCCAGCACGUAGGUGACGUGACUCUCCUCUUGUGCCUAGGCCUUGCCUACAAGAAAGAUUGUGUCAUAUCACUGAGCCCAGCACCUAUGUGAUGUGCUUCUUCUGCCAUAGUUCUCCCCACAUAAGACAUUGUGACAUAUUUCUGGGCCAAUUACAUAAGUUAAAUGAGUCUUUGCUUAUGCCUGGAUCUCACCCUCAGAAGAACUUAUGACAUGUUGCUGGACCCAGCACCUAGGUAAUUUGAGUCUUCUCUGCUGCCUGGCCCCUGCCAACGGAAGGGAUUUUAAACUAUUGCUUAAACUAGCACAAAAAUUUUGUGACUCACUUCUUUUGCUAAGCCCUGCUAACCGUGGGAAUUACAACAUAUUGCUGAAACCAGGAUAAUGCAACAAUCAUCUCUUGCCUGGGCCUUGCCCACAGUGGGCAUUGUUACAUAUUACUGGGCCCAUCUUCUAAGUAAUGUGACUGUCCUAUUCUGCUUGGGACCUGCAACAUGAAAGACUGUGGAAUAUCGCUAGGCCCAGAACCCAGUUGGUGUGACUCUCUUCUUUCUUGAUCCUGCUCAUAGUGCAGAUUGAGAUAUUCCUGUCCUAGCAUCCAAGUGAUGUGACUCUUCUUCCUGGUUCCUAGCUACAGGUGGGAUUGUGACAUACGCCUGGGACGUGGUCACUGGUACAAUGAUGACAGUCAUACUUCAACCCACAAACCAGGAGAAAUAUUGAUUCUGUCUGCUAGGCUUUGGGCAACAGGUGGAGUAGUGACUCUUGAGAAAGAAUUCAACAUGCCCGUGAGCCUGUGACUUUCAUACCAGGACACCGUCCUUGGGUGGGAUUGGGACUCUCAUUCACAGAUCCGAUAUAUCAUUGAAAUGGGACCAUUGACAUUCACAGAUGUGGCAAUAAAAUUUUCUCUGGAGGAGUGGCAAUUCCUGGACACUGCACAGCAGAAUUUAUAUAGGGAUGUGAUGUUAGAGAACUACAGAAACCUGGUCUUCCUGGGUGUUGGUGUCUCCAAGCCAGAUUUAAUCACCUGUCUGGAGCAAGGAGAAGAGCCCUGGAAGAGACACAAGAUGGUAUCCAAGCCCCCAGUUGUGUGUUCUCAUUUUGCCCAAGACCUUUGGCCAGAGCAGGGCAUAAAAGAUUCUUUCCAAAAAGUAAUACUGAGAAGCUAUGGAAAAUAUGGACAUGACAAUUUACAAUUAAGAAAAGGCUGUGAAAGUGUGGAUGAGUGUAAGAUGCACAAAAGAGGUUAUGAUGAACUUAAGCAAUGUUUGACAACUACCCCGAGCAAAAUAUUUCAAUGUGAUAAAUAUGUAAAAGUCUUUCAUAAAUUUUCAAGUUCAAAUAGCCAUAAGAUAAGACAUACUGGAAAUAAUUCUUUCAAAUGUAAAGAAUGUGGCAAAUCAUUUUGCAUGCUUUCACACCUAACCAAACAUGAAAGAAAUCAUACUAGAGUGAGUUGUUACAAAUGUGAAGAAUGUGGCAAAGCCUUUAAUGUGCCCUCAAAGCUUAAUAAUCAUAAGAGAAUUCAUACUGGAGAGAAACCCUACAAAUGUGAAGAAUGUGGCAAAGCCUUUAAUGUGUCCUCAAGCCUUAAUAAUCAUAAGAGAAUUCAUACUGGAGAGAAACCCUACAAAUGUGAAGAAUGUGGCAAAACCUUUAAUAUGUUCUCAAGCCUUAAUAAUCAUAAGAGAAUUCAUACUGGAGAGAAACCCUACAAAUGUAAAGAAUGUGGCAAAGCCUUUAAUGUGUUCUCAAGCCUUAAUAAUCAUAAGAGAAUUCAUACUGGAGAGAAACCCUACAAAUGUGAAGAAUGUGGCAAAGCCUUUAACCAGCCCUCACACCUUGCUACACAUAAGAGAAUUCAUACUGGAGAGAAACUCUACAAAUGUGAAGAAUGUGGCAAAGCAUUCAGCCAGUCCUCACACAUUACUACACAUAAGAGAAUUCACACUGGAGAGAAACCCUACAAAUGUGAAGAAUGUGGCAAAGCUUUUAAAGUAUCUGUACACCUUACUACACAUAAGAGAAUUCAUACUGGAGAGAAACCCUACAAAUGUGAAGAAUGUGGCAAAGCCUUUAACCAAUCCUCAGCCCUUACUACACAUAAGAUAAUUCAUACUGGAGAAAGACCUUACAAAUGUAAACAAUGUGGUAAAGGUUUUAGCCAAUCCUCAACCCUUACUAAACAUAAGAUAAUUCAUACUAAAGAGAAACCCUACAAAUGUGAAGAAUGUGGCAAAGCUUUUAACCAAUAUUCAACCCUUAAUAAACAUAAGAUAAUUCAUGCUAGAGAGAAGCCUUACAAAUGUGAAGAAUGUGGCAAAGCCUUUAACAAGUCCUCAAUUCUUAACAGACAUAAGAUAAUUCAUACUAAAGAGAAAUCACAAACCUUAAAGAUGUGACAAUGCUUUUUAUGAAAUCCCAAACUUUUUUAAACAUAAAAGAAAUGCUGGUGGCCAGGCACAGUGGCUUACGCCUGUAAUCCCAGCACUUUGGGAGCCCGAGGUGGGCAGAUCACCUGAGAUCAGGAGUUCGAGACCAACCUAACAUGGUGAAACAACGUCUCUACUAAAAAUACAAAAAAAAUUAGCCGGGUGUAGUGGUGGGCGCCUGUAAUCCCAGCUACUUGGGAGGCUGAGGCAGGAGAAUCGCUUGAACCCGGGAGGUGGAGGUUGCAGUGAUCCGAGAUCACGCCAUUGCAGUCCAGCCUGGGCAACAGGACGAGACUGUGUCAAAAAAAACAAAAACAAAAAAAAGUGCUGGUGAGAACUCGUAGAAGUGUGAAGAAUAUGAGAAAGCCUUUAAAUGGUUGUCUCACUUGAUUGUAGGUAAGAUACUUUAUACUGGAGAAAACUCCUACAAGUGUGAAGAAUGUGGCAAA